UAGGUACCUACCUAUCUGUCUAGCCGCAAUUGGCUCAAUCAAUUGGCUGUGGGCUCGGUCACCAUCGGGCAUCUACCCGAGAUUUUUUUAUUUCGUCGGCCCCAACGCCGUCCUCGCAAAAUGACGUCUACGAACACGAGCCCGAGUCCAAUAUCUUAAAGGUGACCCCGCGUCCCAGCCCUUUUUAAGUUUUAAGGGACCUUCAACCCCACAGUAACGCUGGCUGCUUAGGAGAUACCUUGGGUACUUGGGAUUCUAUCGACUCAGUCACACCAUAGCCUCCUCUUGCGCACAUUUCGACACCAUUUCCGCCAUGCCUCUCAUCGCAAAUAACCCUACCAACAGGGUCAUCCUUGGCCUGAUGACCUUUGGCCCGGACGAGGCUACAGGCGCCCGCAUCACAUCUGUGGACGAGUUCGGCAAGGUCCUGGACAUCUUCCAGAAGCGCGGCUACAACGAGGUUGACACUGCCCGCAUGUAUAUUGGUGGCAAGCAAGAAGCAUUUACCCGUGAGGUUGGUUGGAAGCAACGCGGUCUUACUUUGGCGACCAAGGUUCAAUACCCGACAGAAUAUGGCAUGAAUGCCCCUGAUAAGGUCAAGAAGUCGGUGGAACUUAGUUUGAAAGAGCUGGGCACCGACUGCAUUGAUCUCCUCUAUCUUCACGCCGCCGACCGAGGUACCCCCUUUGCCGACACACUUCGCGCCAUCAACGACCUGCACAAGGCCGGCAAGUUUGUCAACUUUGGCAUCUCCAACUUUGCUGCAUACGAGGUCGCCGAAAUUGUCAUGACAUGUGUGCAAAACAACUGGGUGCGUCCUACAGUUUACCAGGCCAUGUACAACGUCAUUACACGGUCUAUCGAGGCAGAACUUAUUCCUGCAUGUCGCCGAUAUGGUCUUGAUCUAGUGGUGUACAACCCCAUUGCCGGUGGUCUUUUCAGUGGCAAGAUUAAGACCCAGGAUAUGGUACCCGCCGAGGGUCGAUUCAGCGACUCGACUACCAGUAUGGGCAAGAUGUACCGCAACAGAUAUUUCAAGGAGAGCACAUUUAAAGCACUCCAAACUAUAGAGGCUGCGGUUGAGAAGCACGGCCUUAGCAUGAUCGAGACGGCAUUGCGGUGGACUAUACACCAUUCCGCACUCAACGUCACCAACGGCGGACAUGAUGGCGUGAUCAUCGGUGUCUCAAGUGGUGCCCAGCUUGAGGAUAACCUCAACCAUCUCGAGAAGGGACCGUUGCCCGAGGAAGUAUUAAAGGCACUCGACUCGGCUUGGGCAAUUGCACGCGGAGACACACCGAACUACUUCCACAUGGAUUUGAAGUAUCAAUAUGAUACCAAGCAGGCGUUGUUUGGCAAAAUAUGA